AUGGUAUCUCUACUGAACCGUUUGAGGGGACGCCCGAGCGAGGACGACGUCGCCCCUCAACGCGCCAACACAACCGCUACCGAGACCAGUAACGCUUCAGAGCCAGUGGGCGACGAGAAAGGUAAACCUGCCAUGGCCGAACUCGGAAAAUCACACGAUCCUGAGAAGCCGCCCUACGAGGUCGACACUUCUGGGGAAACGCCAGUCAUCGAUGUUGACGCUGAGGAUGAGGCUGAUCUACCCGAGGACCUUCGAGAGCUGCCCAAGAUCGUACGGUCCAUCGUCAGUCUCGAAGACGACUCGAAUGCACCAACCAUUACCUUUCGCUACUUCCUUCUAUGCUUCCUCUUUGUGCCGCCUGGUGCCGUCCUCUUUCAAAUGGGAAUUUUUAGAACCACGGCCUCCGCGUAUCCAGUGCUCUUCGUGCAGAUCGCCUCACAUUAUGUCGGACACUGGCUUGCGGACAUCCUGCCUAAGAAGACUGUCCGGGUUCCAUUGACGAAGUGGGGCUUCAGCUUGAACCCCGGUCCUUGGAGCGCAAAAGAAAACGUCCUUGUCACGGUUACUGCCGCUUCUGGGGCAACCUCGAAUGCGGCAUGGUCCAGUAUCUCGUUAGCUCAGCUGUACUAUGACACCAACAUUCCGGCGGUGGCAUGCAUCUUUUUUAUGUGGGCUAUUGUGUACAUUGGUUACGCUAUGGCUGCAUUGGCUCGACAGUUUCUCCUCUACGACCCCAUAUACGUCUGGCCUUACUCUUUGAUGCAAACUGCUGUCUUCGAAACUCUCCACAAAUCCGUACGAGAUUCGUGGAUUGCUCGAAAGCAGAAGUAUGUGUUCUUCGGCGCUUUUGUCUUCAUGACACUAUGGGAAUUCUUACCAGAAUACGCUUUUCCUAUGCUCUCAUCGCUGUCCUUCCUGUGUUGGGUAGCUCCGCGAAAUGUUGUGGCUAACUUCAUCGGUGCCGGCAUAGGUGGCAUGGGCUUUCUGAAUCUUACUUUGGACUGGGCGAACAUCAGCAAUCAAACGCUGAUUAGCCCCAUGAUUGUUCCUUAUUGGACGACCGUGGUAUUGACGGUCGCUUUCAUCUUCAACUGCUGGAUUUUAAUACCAGCGGCCAAGUGGGGUAACCUCAGCAACUGGCAGAAUGAUCAGCUCAUGUCAAAUCGGCUGUUCCUCGAGAAUGGAACGCGAUAUCCUGUGACGGCUCUGAUUACCCCGGACCUAAAAUUCAACGAGACCGCGUAUCAAGAACAUGGGCCGAUCUAUGUCGGGACACAGCAGCUAUGGAGUAUGUUCUUCGAUUACUCCUCCUACGUUAGUGCCUUGACAUGGAUGGCAUUGUUCGGAUAUCCUAAGAUCAAAGAGACGGUCCAGUUGCUUCGGAAACGAGCCAAAGACAGAGGAAAACGUAGCGUGAACGACUUCUACUCUGACCGCCUGAACAUACUCAUGCGGUCCUAUAGAGAAGUUCCACUUUGGUGGUAUAUCGCUUUGUUCGUUGCCUCCUUCGUCACCAUUACCACAAUAAUAGGGUGUGGGUACUUCUUCAUUCCUGUUUGGACCUUCUUCGUUGCCAUAUUUACCUCUGGGACUAUGAUCAUUCCGUUCGCUUGGCUCUAUUCCUUCUCCAGUUUUCAAGUGCCCAUCGGCUCAUUCAAUGAGCUCCUAUACGGCUACAUGGUACACGCCACGAAUGGCAACAAGCACCCUGCUGGAGCUACAGCAUAUGGAUCUAUCGCCGGCGACAUCUGGUAUCGCGCUCAGUAUAUGCUGCAAGACCAAAAGAUCGGGCACUACAUGCACGUACCGCCGCGCGCAAUCUUCCUUAGUCAGAUCUUCGGCGAGUUCCUAGGCGUUCCAAUAAACUACGGCAUCAUCCAGUGGAUAUUAAAGACAAAGCGCGACUUCCUGCUAGGCGAUAAGAUUGACCCCUUGCACCAAUGGACUGGUCAGUCUCUCUCUAAUUAUAACACGUUAGGCGUUCAAUAUGUGCUAGUAGGUCCCAAACGACUAUUUUCACAGCACAUGUACAGUAUUCUACCAUACGCCUUCUUGUAUGGUGCUCUAACCCCGUUCCUGCUAUUUGCGCUGCACAAAGCUUUCCCAAAGUCGAAGCUCAAGUUCCAUCUCUGGAACGUUACAAUUUUCGGAACUGGAAUGUCCCAGUUCUAUGGCAAUCUCUCGACCGGUUACAUUUCACGCUUCAUUGUCGGCUACGUCUGCAUGUAUUGGUUUUAUCGUCACCGGUUCCAGACCUGGAAACGCUACAACUAUCUUUUAGCCGCCGCCUUUGAUGCAGGUUUUAAUAUUGCGAUGCUGCUUAUCUUCGUCAUUUUCAGCAGUGGAAAGGUCAUCAACAUGCCUUAUUGGUGGGGCAAUAACGAAACCAGCGUCGAGAGGUGCUUCGCUCUGGAGUAG